AUGCCGGUUGAAAUUAUGGCACCUGAAUUGGAGUUAGAGGAGACUCCAGAUUGCGAGAGUGUGACUUUAGAUGAUGAACUACCUGUUAUAGAGGGCGAGGACUGUAGUUUAGAUGAGGAGCCCAGCGAGGUGGGAGAAUCUAAUGGAGAUAAUGAUGCUAGCGAGGUUGAUGAGCUUGAUGGAGAUGAUGAGUAA